AUCAUCCGCAGCGAGGAGAUGGCCAAAAUCUCCUGCAGCUUGGAGACCAAAGAGCUCUGGGACAAGUUUCACGAACUGGGGACCGAGAUGAUCAUCACCAAAUCCGGGAGGAGAAUGUUUCCUACGAUCAGGGUUUCCUUCUCGGGAGUGGAUCCUGAAGCCAAGUACAUUGUGUUAAUGGAUAUAGUUCCUGUGGACAAUAAAAGAUACAGAUAUGCCUACCACAGGUCUUCCUGGCUAGUGGCUGGAAAAGCUGACCCUCCGCUCCCUGCAAGGUUGUACGUGCACCCCGACUCCCCGUUCACGGGAGAGCAGCUGCUGAAGCAGAUGGUGUCCUUCGAAAAAGUCAAACUCACCAACAACGAGCUGGAUCAGCACGGCCACAUCAUUUUGAACUCCAUGCACAAGUACCAGCCGAGGGUCCACAUAAUUAAGAAGAAGGAUCACACUGCUUCUUUGCUAAAUCUGAAAUCAGAAGAGUUCAGGACGUUUAUCUUUCCAGAGACAGUUUUCACAGCUGUUACUGCCUACCAGAAUCAACUGAUAACCAAGUUGAAAAUUGACAGCAACCCUUUUGCUAAAGGAUUCCGGGACUCUUCCAGACUCACUGAUAUUGAGAGAGAAAGCGUGGAGAGCCUCAUCCAAAAGCAUUCCUAUGCCCGAUCCCCCAUUCGAACCUAUGGAGGAGAAGAUGAUCUUGGAGAUGACAGCCAGGCAACACAAAGCAGAG